AUGAACGGAUACAUAGUGAUCGAAGUGUUGAUUGCCUUUAUUGGAAUAAUUCUAGUAAUAGCGGGACCUAUUAUCCUAACAGUAUUUCCAGUCAUAGUCAGAAAACAAGUUGCAGAGAGGUCAUAUCUUGGCUAUUCUGAAAAUGGCUCUUACAAUGAAAUGACGCUUAAAUGGAUUGAACCACCUUACUUUAUGGCGUUGCAAGUGUGGAUUUACUCCGUAGAAAAUGUGGAAGAUGUUAUAAGAAAAGGUUCUUUCCCAAAACUGGUUGAGAAAGGUCCUUACACAUUUAUCCAACAUCAGAAGAAGACGAAGGUGGUGUUUAUGUACAACGAUACUCAAGUUUUGUACCGUAACAAUCAGUCUUAUCUGUAUAACUCCUCGCUUUCUUGUAGCCAUUGCAGCCUUGCAGAUAAAGUUACUAUUCCUAGCCCAGUUUUUCAGGCCAAACCAUUUCAGAUAAUGUUUGAUGGGUUUGAAGAUCCAAUAAUAGCUGCUGUGUGCAAGUUACCCUAUCUGAAGUCUGUUUGCGAAGCGGGUAACAUUCCCAAAAAAAUGGGAUUUUUUUACGGUCAGAACGGAAAGGACUACGGAGAGCUUCUGGUUGAUACUGGCCUGGUUAAUAUAACGAAUCUAGGACGAGUGUAUCAGUAUAAUGGUGCUACAAAACUUCCUGACUCUAUGUGGCAUUCCACUGAAGCUCGAAUGAUAAAUGGCACGGACCAAAUUUUCCCUCCCGGCCUAUCCGUUUCAGACCGCUUAUACAUGUUUCUUGGUCAAUUGAAAAGAUCAAUUUACUUGCGGUAUAAAGAAAAGGUCGAAGUCGAAGGUAUUCCAGCAUGGCGAUACAUAAUGCCUCCUGAACUCUAUGACCCUAAGGAGCCGGAAAACGCUGGGUUUUGCAGUCCUGAAACUCCUACAUUCUUCGACAAUCUUACACAGCCAGACGGAUGUCUUCCAAAAGGUUUCUUGGAUAUUGGUUCUACAUAUAUUGGAAGUCCGCGUGUUUACUUAUCUGGUUCUCAUUUUUACUAUUCCCCUGAAGAGGUAUACAAGUUUUAUGAUGGGUUUACUCAGCCGUCAGAGGAAGUCGAUGAGACACAGUUUGACCUAGAACCAGACCAAAAUCAAAUAGCUUCAUAUUUUCAUUUUGGUUAUUUUAUUUUGUUGCACUUUAUUUUCAUUCAGAAUACCGGAGUGGUAUUAAGAGUAAAUCAGCGUUCCCAAAUCAACGUUGGGAUGUUACAAGGGAACCUGAAGUAG